UACUGGCGCAGGGUUUCUAAGAGCCCGAGUGUGAAUGGGAGUGAAUGUGUUGAUUGAAGCGGACAAGUUUGCAGUGGACAAAAGGAGGAGGGGGAUCAGGGAACAAAUCAAAAUGGGCGACAAAGAAGAAGAGGACAGCUGCAGUAUUUAUCCAACACCGAUGCAGUAUGGACAAGAAUUCAGGGCCCGAGUUCAGGCCUUUAUGGAGGACCAGCUGCACACCACUAUGUGGACGGGUGUGCUGAUUGGAGUAGCAGCUGCUGUCUCCCUCAUUAGUGUUGUCGUAUUUUUUCUGUACAGAAGAUAUAAAGCAAAAGAACAUCAAACCCCCCAGUAUCGCUUCAGAAAACGAGAUAAAGUGAUGUUUUAUGGAAGAAAAAUAAUGAGAAAGGUGCAGACCUUAUCCUCCCCGGUCAGUUCAGGUCCAGUGUCUCAAAAGCGAACCAGAAAGAGACCCAAAGUUCUCUCAAUAGCGCGCAAGUUCCUGCGGAUUCGCCGAGAACCGCCCACCCUCCAGCCCAAGGAGCCACCUCCUUCCGUUCUGGAGGCUGACCUGACUGAGUUUGACGUGCAGAACUCAAACCUGCCGUCAGAAGUUCUGUACAUGCUGAAGAAUGUCAGGGUGCUGGGUCACUUUGAGAAGCCUCUGUUUCUGGAACUGUGUCGCCACAUGGUGUUUGUGGAGCUGCAGCAGGGGGAGGGUCUAUUUCGCCCCGGAGACAUUGACGACAGCAUCUUCGUGGUGCAGGACGGCCGGCUGGACCUGUGCAUUCAUGAGAGCGAUGGAACUGAACUGGUGGUAAAGCAUGUGCAGGCUGGAGACAGUGUUCACAGUUUGCUCAGUAUUCUGGACAUCAUCACGGGAUAUCCAGCUCCCUAUAAAACUGUAUCAGCCAGAGCUGCAGCUCCAACCACGGUUCUCCGCCUUCCAGCUAAAGCCUUCCAAUCAGUGUUUGAGAAAUAUCCAGAAACUCUGGUCCGCGUCAUUCAGAUCAUCAUGGUGCGUCUGCAGAGAGUGACCUUCCUCGCCCUGCACAACUACCUGGGACUGACCACUGAGCUCUUCAAUCCGGAGAGUCAGGCGAUUCCUUUGGAGUCCGUGGCCAGUGUUUUGGGGGAGGGUGGUCCAGGCCGAAGUCACCGCAGGUUCUCUCAGUCAGAGAUACAUACGGCUGAUAAACCUGCUCAUCACAGUGUGGAGAGACACACCGACACAGACAGUGCAAAAUCCAGCCCAACACAGAGCCCCUCAGCCUCCUUCAGGAAGUCCCGCUCCAUGUCCACUCCAACAGACAGCUCCAUUUCAGCAGGGUCAGGUGACCUUAACACAGCCUUUGAACGAGUGAACAAAAAUGAAACUCAUUCACACCCGGUUGUUUACAAGUCAAUCCUGAAGAAGACCGUGACCAUGCAGCACACUCCCUCUGCGGUCUACCACUAUUCGGACACUGGAGGGCACUCCGGCCACGUUCACCACAGCAAAAUCAAUGCCAUCUUUCAGGCUGCCAAGAAAGACCUGCUUAAAAUCAUUCAGCUGCAGGACCCCAGUCUUCUGGAGGGCAGAGUUACCCUGAGGCAGGUGAAGGCUGGCUGUGUGGUGGCAAGCCAAGGAGACCAGGAAGUCAGCAUGCAGUUUGUUGUCUCGGGCGCUCUGCAUGUGUACCAGCGGAUGAUUGACAGGGAUGAGGACCUGUGUCUGUUUGUGACUCACCCGGGAGAGCUGGUGGGACACCUGGCAGUGCUAACAGGCGAACCGCUAAUCUUCAGUGUUCGAGCUCACCGUGACUGCAGCUUCCUGUCCAUCUCCAAAACACACUUUUAUGAGAUCAUGCGUGCCGAGCCCCGCGUGGUGCUGAAUGUGGCUCACACUGUGGUGCGCAGAGUCUCGCCCUUCGUCAGACAGAUCGACUUCGCUCUCGACUGGAUGGCAGUGGAGGCUGGAAGAGCCGUGUACAGGCAGGGUGAUAAAUCGGACAGUACCUUUAUUGUGCUGAGUGGGCGUCUGCGCUCGGUCAUCAUGAGGGACGAUGGGAAGAAGGAGCUGGCUGGAGAGUACGGACGGGGUGAUCUCAUCGGGGUGGUUGAAGCUCUGACCCACAUGAACCGGGCCACCACAGUUCACGCCGUCCGAGACUCUGAGCUCGCCAAGAUGCCUGAGGGAGCCCUGAACUCCAUCAAACGAAAAUACCCCCAGGUUGUGACGAGGCUGAUUCACCUGCUUGGACAGAAGAUCCUGGGAAACAUGCAGCAAGUUAAUGGACCUUUAUCAGUCCACGGCCUGGGCUUGCACACCCCUGGAAGUAAAUGGGAUGCAGGUAACCCCGCCUCAAACCUGGCCACCGUCUCCAUCCUGCCAGUAUCAGAUGAGGUACCGAUGACCGCCUUCACCCUGGAGCUGCAGCACGCUCUCAGUGCUAUCGGUCCUACUUUACUCCUGACCAGCGACAUCAUUAAACAGCGCCUGGGCGCCGCAGCACUGGACAGUGUUCAUGAGUAUCGGCUGUCCAGUUGGCUGGGUCAGCAGGAGGAUAUCCACCGGAUUGUUCUGUACCAGUCUGACAGCACUCUGACCCCCUGGACCCAGCGCUGUAUCCGCCAAGCCGACUGCAUCCUUAUUGUGGGGCUCGGAGAGCAGGAACCCACUGUGGGAGAGCUGGAGCGGAUGCUGGAGGGCAGUGCGGUGAGGGCUCAGAAGCAGCUGGUGCUCCUGCACCGUGAGGACGGUCCCCCACCCAGCGGAACGGCCGAGUGGCUCAACAUGCGCAGCUGGAUCUCCAGACACCUGCACCUGUCCUGUCCCCGCCGGGUCUUCAGCCGCAGGAGUCUUCCCAAACUGAGAGAGAUGUAUCAGCGUGUUUUUGAGAAGCCUCCGGACCGUCACUCGGAUUUCUCCCGCCUGGCCCGCGUGCUGACGGGCAAUGCCAUAGCGCUGGUACUGGGGGGUGGAGGUGCCAGGGGCUGUUCUCAGGUGGGCAUCAUUCGCGCUCUGUGUGAAGCGGGCAUCCCUGUGGAUCUGGUGGGCGGCACUUCCGUCGGCUCCCUGAUGGCGGCGCUGUUUGCUGACGAGAGGAGCUACAGUCACAUGAAAGUCAGGGCGCGAGAGUGGGCCAUGGACUUCAGCUCCAUUUUCAAGCGGAUCCUGGACCUGACGUACCCGGUCACCUCCAUGUUCACAGGAGCUUCCUUCAACUCCAGCAUUGGUGGCGUUUUCAAGGGCAAACAGAUUGAGGACCUCUGGCUUCCUUAUUUUAACAUCACCACAGACAUCACUGCCUCCUCCAUGAGAGUACACACUGAUGGUUCUCUGUGGAGGUACGUUCGUGCCAGCAUGUCUCUCUCAGGCUACUUGCCUCCCCUCUGUGAUCCAAAAGAUGGGCAUUUACUCAUGGACGGUGGAUACAUCAACAACCUGCCUGCUGACGUCGCUCGCUCGAUGGGCGCCAAGGUGGUGAUUGCCAUUGACGUGGGCAGCCAGGACGAGACCAACCUCACCAACUACGGGGACUCUCUGUCCGGGUGGUGGCUGCUGUGGAAGCGUCUGAAUCCUCUGGCAGAGAGAGUGAAGGUCCUGAACAUGGCGGAGAUCCAGACCCGGCUGGCAUACGUGUGCUGCGUUCGUCAGCUCGAGUCGGUCAAGGACAGCGACUACUGCGAGUACAUCCGGCCCUCCAUCGAUCGCUUUGGCACGCUGGACUUUGGCAAGUUUGAUGAAAUCGCUGAUGUGGGCUAUCAACAUGGAAAGACGGUGUUUGAUGUAUGGUGCCGCAGCGGCGUGGUGGAGAAAAUGCUGAAAGAUCGACACCAAGAGGAGUUCCACAGGAGCAAGGGCAACAAUGUGGUGACCUGUCCCAACGCCUCCUUUACGGACCUGGCCGAGAUAGUGUCCCGGAUAGAACCGGUGAAGCAGGCCAUCGUGGACGAGGAGUCCGAGUACCAGACGGACUACGACGAGGACGUGGUGCUGUCAGACUUCGAGCUGUCCAACGCCAGCAGUGACCAUGAGGAGCACACUGAGGAGGAAGAGGAGGAGGAGGAGACGGGAGACACUGCAGAUACAGAUGAAGAAAUCAAGAUGACAAGACAACGAAGACGAAACCAUAAAACCAACCAUGCGAGACACAGCAAUCACUGAGAGAAGGUUCCUGUACUUUUGGACAUAGUCUGAAAACACCAGUUGCUGCUUCUAUACAGGAUGAAUGUAGUCUCUCUCUCUCGUACAUCGCGUUGGAACAAAUAUGUGAAAGUUACAUGAUGUUUGGAGUUUUAACAUUAUUUCAGUGAGUGCAGGGAACAGAGUAUGGAGGACCCGGAAGAGAGUAUGGAGGGUUUUAGAAUAACAAACCAGUUUCAGACCCUGUUUACACCUGUUCACUUCAUGUGAUUUAACAUCUAGAUUGUAUUCUAGUAAGAUUUUGGGGGUUUGAACCACAUAUGCAUUUACACUUGGUCAUUUAAAUGCACCUUUAUUUAGUAAGACUAAAAUCUGAUCGACGUGUGGGAGGGAAUAUGCAAAUUUGGUGGUUGCUCAGCAGUUAUUACUGGUGGUUUGGUUACACUGGGAAGAGUUUUGUUUGCCGACUUUGCGUGCUGGAAAGACGGAUGCGUUUACACUGAUAAACCAGGAUUUAAUUGUUUGUUACAUUUGUGUACAUUUAGUCACUGUAUUUUUCACACUAAAGAGUGUACCGAAUUAUAAGACGCAUUAUGUGACACUAGUAAGGAACAGGGACUUCACCAUGUUUUUCUUCUAAUUCACCCAAAGCUAAGCUAAGUAAACUAAACUGUACAUAUGAAAAGAUUUUCUAUUUAAACGAGUGUUGGAUAUUAAUCUACACAGGUUUCAGACCUGAAAACUAUUUAUUUGGGUGAGUAAAGCGCUUCCGUUUAUUUACAGUAAGCUUAGAUUUCCAGAUUUCCACUAGUGCUAGCUACGGUUAGCUGCUAGUGCCGCUCAACAGUGCUACACUGAGGAACCCUGAGUGUUCAGGUAAGCCAGGGCGAUAUUAGCUAGCGGUUUGUCUCAUGUAGCUUGUUUUAACACAGUAAACACACAGACUACAGUCCAAUAUACUCAUCUCUGAACGGUAAAAGAGCUAGCAUUUUGCAUGGUUAGCGGGUAAUGCUAAUGCUUCUCCAGCAGUGCUAGCUGGGGUUAGCAGCAGGCUACAGGCCAAAAAUAUACUGACCAGCGAAAGAGCUAGGGCUUAGCGUGGUUUAAAGGAUUUUAAGUGCACCUUAUAGUGCAAAAAACACAGUAUGUUAGUGUCUGAGCUCACUAAGAACUUUACUACAUCCUGUCAUCAUCACCUAUGUGGGCGGAGUCUCACUAUACUUGACACUGAUUGGUUUGUAGAAUGUUGUUAGUUUGCCGUGUUUCUCUUCCUGGUGUUGUGUCAAAUUCUGCCUUCCUGCCAGAAUCCUGCAUGUUUGUAUCGCAGCAAAAAGAGCAGAUUCCUUUAGUAUAACUCUUAAUUAAUAAGGAUUAAUAAUCUACAAUUACAGUAGAUACAGAAACCACCAGAGUAAUCUGUUGUACCCAGUUCUCUUCUUUUUGUUCUUCUAUUGUUUAAUGGGUAAAGAUGGCCUGCCUCAAAUUGCUUUAAUUGAUUUGAAAAAAAAAAAAAAGAUUUUUUGUUCACACUGUAUAUGAUCCAGAUCAUUGUUGAGUUGACUGGUGGCGUCUUUCAUGCAAUGUUUGUUUUAAGACAUAAAAGCACCAUUAAACCACCUCUUGAAGUGAUUUGAGAGAGAUCGGAUUUGUAAAACUCAAUAAGAUUUGUUUUAAAUGUGUUUUGGGUGCGUUCACACCUGUAUUUUUGUAAUGUGGUUUAAAAUCAUCCAGAUAUAAUCCUCUUUUCUCAAGUUGCGUGAAGUGACCAGGUGUAAAUGGAGUCUCAGAUGGCAGAUGGGAAGUUUUGUGUAAAAUAAAGGGGUUCCUCUGUUCUCCUUGCUCCCUGUUGCACUUGAUUUAACUCAUGAAGGGCUUUUUAAUUAUUGUAAACAUUUAAUAAAUUAUAUAAUAAACACCUCGGUGUUCUAGUCCUUUAAGAUUGGACUAAUAAUACUGACUCAAUAUGUGAACAAUAUGGAAGGUGCAGGAAGGUGCUACAUGAUUACCGUGUAACACUGUAUUAAUGCCACGAUUCCCGCUCAGAGGCCUCGUGCUCUGGACGCACAUUUCUACUCGCAUUUCAAUGCAAUUUCAAUGCAAUUUUUUGAUAUAAACUGACAUUUUAGCUGCUCUGUAUGUUUGAUUUUUUUUUUUCAUUCCUGGUUGUUACUGAACAAAUAACAUAUAUAAAGAACUGAUCUAGCUGGUAUUUGUUACUGAAUGUAAUAAUAUAGUAGUAGUUUUAACGUUUUGAUGAUGUUUAUCAUGAUGAUAUGAUUGUAAUUUUCUCGUUGGUGUUUAACUGUAUUAUGUUAAGCUGCUUUAUUUGGUCUAACAGUGUUCUAACAUAAGGGCUUUCAGCACUGGAGAUAAUGUGACUGUUUUGUUGAAUUGCUGCAAAUGACUUUGACUGGAAUAUAAAAAUG